AUGUGCAUCUGGAGGAGGGUGCAUCUUGAAUGCACGGUCUGCGGCCGGACCGCUGUGAUCGAAUACAUCGAUCCAGAAUGCAAUCUUCACGAGCACGACCCCAUUGACGAAUGGUUCGUGGAGAUCAUCUGCACAAACUGCUCGGACCGCCAGGUCCUGGAGGAGGAAGAGACCGAUUCAGAGGAUGGAUACUUGAUGCGAUACGCCAACUUUAACGCCGUGAGGCGACGAGUUGACCAGAACCAAGAUGACUACCCAGAUUGGUAUGAACCUGGCCUUCUUUGGGAUUCAGACACGGAAGAUGGUGUCGAUCAUCUGUCGAACUUCAUCGAGAGUCAGGAUGAAGAUGAUUUCAUCCAUAUCGACGCCGACGAAGGCCCAUGGAAUUGGGAUUUUGACGAUCAAGUCUCUGUGCACACGAGGGUCAUAGAACCAAGCGAACUGAGCUGGGAUUUCGACACGGAAGAUGGUUCGGAUCAUCUGUCGAACUUCAGCGAGCGUCAGAAUGAAGAUGAUUUCAUCCACAUCGUCGCCGAGGCCGACCCCGGGGUCGAUCACGAAGCCCCGUGGAAUUCCGAGGAUUACUUCAUCACAGACGAGGAUGAGACAUCCGGGUGGAGCAUCGACGCUGACUCCAGCGACGAUGAGGACGACCGUUCGUCCGACUCUACUGUCGUCGGGGACGACGAGGAGAGCUCUUUCGAGAGCGACGGUUCCACACUCGUGGAAUGGAGUGAUGAUGAGUACGACGCGGACGAUGAGCAGUCCGAGGGUGACAGCUCUGACGAGUCUGAUCACGACAGCUCCGACGACGACGGAGACGGCUCUGACGAGUCAGACGAAGACAGCUCGGACGAGUCCGAUGGAGAAAGCUCUGGUGAGUCCGAGGGAGACAGCUCCGGCGACGACGGAGAUAGCUCGGACGAGUCAGAUGAAGACAGCUCGGACGAGUCUUCCAUUGCCACUGUCGAUCAUAACGAUGACGGUGGCUGGGUUGCCUUGGUCGACGAGGACUUCGUUCUGAGCGAUUGGAUCGAUGAGGCUUUUGAGCGGUUCCCUCCUCACGGCGUAACAUCUGCCAACUACAACAAUGGAUCAUCAUCUAAAUAG